GAGUGAUUUGAGAGAUUCCUGUCCACCUGGCUGCCAUGCAGUCCAUGUUCAAGUGGCUCUUCUCUUGUGCGGAUGCACGCCCUGGGAAGGAUGCCUGGGGUGAUGUGUUUGAAACGCAGCUUGACAUGGAGGAGGCGGAGUACCAAGCCAUGGCGGGGCGGCGGCAAGGGUCGCCGGACCCAUCCACGGUGGUCUUCUUAGAUGUGGACGGCGUCCUCCACGCGAAGGGCGAUGAGUUGGAUCACUUCCGCGCCAGCAACAUGCGCGCCCUGCGACGCAUUGUGCUCACGAGCAAUGCCACGGUGGUCCUCUCCUCAAGCUGGCGCCGAAGGCCCCCGCUGCUCCAGCGUGCAGAUGCAGUGCUGCAGAAUUGGGGGCUUGCAGGUGUGGCCGAUCAGACGCCGGACUUGAAGGCCCAAGGCCUGAAGCGCGAGGACGAGAUUUUGAUUUGGCUCCGACGGCAUCCCGAGGUUCGGCAUUGGUUGGCCUUGGAUGACAUGGAGUUGACCUCCUCGGCGUCCAGCUUGGUGAACGCCUUGAUGGCCCAGCACGUGAUCCAGACCGAUCCCGAGAUCGGCCUGAGAGAGAUGUCCCAAGUCUCCCGCGCUCUGCGGGUGCUGCAGAAGUCCCGGGGCUUCGUCGAGGAGGCGCUGGAAAGAAAGAGGGUGACACAGAGAUCUGGGCUCUGUGCAUGAGACUAAUCUUCCCAUUGCAUAGUGGCCGGUCGCGGCUCCACAUGAGAGGUCCGCGGUUUUUGGUCGGCACGAAUGAGCGAGAGUCCAAGUGCCCAGCUGCACGUGGCCCAGGUCAGACCUGGUCCCUUUUCGACACCUUAGACGUAUCCCAGGUGGCCUUGAUAGCCCAAGCUUGGUUUGGGGUCCGGAAACGAGCAACAAGCACUAGACGCCGUUCAACUGUGGACGUUGGUGACCCCCAACCAGAGAAAUAUCAGGACCAUUUGUUUGACCAUGUCCUUGCUGGAAGCCCUCGUUGUGGGUUGAUGCUCCAGCAUGCUGAUGCUCCGUGACCCUUGCCAGAAAAGACCUGUGCAGCAUCCUGGACUUUCGACAUCUAGAAUCGAUUUUUUUGGGCGCCUUUGGCACCUUCGGCCGACGCCGGGGGCUGGAAGAAACCAUUUCGGUCGGUGCCUUGGGUGUUGGUGUCGGUGUCGGUGGGCGGUAUGAAAGCUGAGAAACCUCAGAAAUGGCGUCGGGGCCGCUCCUGGUCUGAUUGCUUGUGCUUUCCCGGCAGACGGUUCCAAGUUUUGCCUGAGCCCUGACGUCUCAUAGAAGGCGUCCGCUUGAGAGUCCGUCUUCGGCGGAUGCAAGGCACAUCCUGGUGCCUUUGAUUGCCUUUGAAUUCGCAGGAUGUGCAUUUGGGUACAGCAGUAUGGAGCCCCAGUUAAGAUCUCCUGAUUUGUUCAUUCAGAGGUGUGCAUGCUUGCUUCAGGCGGUAUGCACCAGCCGGAGGCGAGAAAGUGGAGACCAUCUGGGGUCUUCAUUCUUGGAUGUACCCAUUUGAAUGCGGAAGCGGGAGCGGUGACCUGCUUUUGAAAAGCGUGC